AUGCCGGCUCCCACGAUCGAGGUCGAGGAUGGCGAAGAUGGUGCACGACCACCCGCAGCGGUGGACGUCGUGCAUCAACUCCAUCUCCAGGGGCUGUCACAGAAGACCAUCUCGACGGACGUAGGCUGUUCGUUGCCCGAUGGAUUCUACCACUUGCCGGCCAUCUACCAGCUCGAACGGCGGGCCAUCUUCUCGAAGCGUUGGUUCCUGGUCUCACACAAGGCGCGAUAUCGCCAUGUCGGCGACUACGUGCAGUAUGAAAUGGCCGGCUUCAACUUCGUCGUCGUCCAGGACAAAGAAGGCGACAUUGUGGGAUUCCAUAACAUCUGCAGACAUCGUGCCUUUCCCAUUGUGCACGAAACCAGCGGCACGGUGAAGAUCUUUGCGUGCAAAUACCACGGAUGGACGUACAACUUGAACGGCAAAUUGACCAAAGCGCCUCGAUUCACGUCCGAGUCGGUGCCUGACUUCGACCCGGCGGACAUUCGUCUCUUCCCCAUCCACACCCACGUCGACCGGAACGGGUUCGUCUACGUCAACCUGGACGCCCGUCCAGUGCCUGAGAUCAAAUGGGAAGAGCAGUUUGGGGAUCUUGAUCGCCAGGCCGUCGUGCAGAAUUCCGGCGUCAACUGGGACGCGGUCGAGUACGACUUCACGUGGGUCAAGGAAGGGAAGUUCAACUGGAAGAUCAUGCAGGACAAUUACAACGAGUGCUACCAUUGUCUCACGGCCCAUCCAGACGUCGCCCGCACGACCGCACUCGACACCUACUACGUCUCCCCGGGCACGCCACACAACUACAUCGCACAUUUCAGCGAGCCCAAGGCGUCCGUCCUGGCCGCAUCACCCUUUGACACGACGCGGUUUGCCGGCAGAUCAGCCACGCACGUGUGGCCGGGCGGGCACUUCAGUCCCAACCCGGGGACGGGGUUCAUGCACCUGAUGCGCAGCCUGCCGACGGGGCCCACCACCACGCGGCAGGAAUACGAUGUGUACAAGCUGAACACGGCGCACGCGACGCCCGAGGCGCACGAGCGGAUGGUGCGGUUCUAUCAGAAGGUCGUGGACGAGGACUUUGGGCUGUGCGAGAAGGUGCAGAAGAAUCUCGCGCGAGGCGUUUUCGAACGCGGGCCCCUGCACCCCUUCCACGAAGAAGGCGUCAUGGCGUUCCAGACCAUGGUGCUCACGGUUCUCCAGGAGCAGGUCCAGCUGGAGCAGGCUGCGGGCCGGGAGAUCUGGGCUGCAAGGCCUCCCACCACCGGGGGCCCUGGAAAGAAGACGACGGGGACGAAGAAUGGCCAUGGCAACGGCGACGACGAAUCGGAUGGUCAGGGUAUCUGCGCGACGAUGCUGGGUUGCAACCCGACGAGGCUGAAGGGGCUGGAAUGGUAG